AAAUAGGGCGGGAGACCCGAGCGCUGAGGACUUCCCGCUGCCCCCAGCCCAGCCCCAGGCGUCCCGGCCAUGGCCUGCCCGAUCUUCUUGCUCAGCUUCGGCCUCCUGGCCGGCCUGCUGCCGGCGCUGGCCGCCUGCCCCCAGAACUGCCACUGCCAUGGCGACCUCCAGCACGUCAUUUGCGACAAGGUGGGACUGCAGAAGAUCCCCAAAGUAUCCGAGAAGACCAAACUGCUCAACCUGCAGCGCAACAACUUCCCCGUGCUGGCUGCCAACUCGUUCCGGGCCAUGCCCAACCUCGUGUCGCUGCACCUGCAGCACUGCCAGAUCCGCGAGGUGACAGCCGGCGCCUUCCGCGGCCUCAAGCAGCUCAUCUACCUGUACCUGUCCCACAACGACAUCCGCGUGCUGCGCGCGGGGGCCUUCGACGACCUGACCGAGCUCACCUACCUCUACCUGGACCACAACAAGGUGACCGAGCUGCCCCGGGGGCUGCUCUCCCCGCUGGUCAACCUCUUCAUCCUGCAGCUCAACAACAACAAGAUCCGUGAGCUGCGCGCCGGCGCCUUCCAAGGCGCCAAGGACCUGCGCUGGCUCUACUUGUCCGAAAACGCGAUCAGCUCCCUGCAGCCCGGAGCUCUGGACGACGUGGAGAACCUCGCCAAGUUCCACCUGGACAGGAACCAGCUGUCCAGCUACCCCUCGGCGGCACUGAGCAAGCUGCGGGUGGUGGAGGAGCUGAAGCUGUCCCACAACCCCCUGAAGAGCAUUCCCGACAACGCCUUCCAGUCUUUCGGCAGAUACCUGGAGACCCUCUGGCUGGACAACACCAACCUGGAAAAGUUCUCCGACGGUGCCUUCCUGGGUGUCACCACACUGAAAAACGUCCAUCUGGAGAACAACCGCCUGGCUCAGCUGCCCUCCAACUUCCCCUUUGACAACCUGGAGACCCUCUCUCUCACCAACAACCCCUGGAAGUGUACCUGCCAGCUUAGGGGCCUGCGGAGGUGGCUGGAAGCCAAGUCUUCCCGCCCUGAUGCCACUUGUGCCUCGCCUGCCAAGUUCAGGGGCCAGCACAUUCGUGACACGGAUGCCUUCCGCAGCUGCAAGUUCCCCACUAAGAGGUCCAAGAAAGCUGGCCGCCAUUAAACAGGUGGGAACAGGGCAGGUCCUGAUCCAGCCAGUCCUGGUGACUGGUCUCUGCCUUCUGCUGGAGAAACUACUGACCUCCCCACCUCCGACCCCACCUUCUUCCACAGCCUCUGCUGAUGCACAGAGCUGUCCACACCUAGACACGUCCUGGCAGGGGGAGUCAGGACUCUGCCAGCAUGAACCCAGCUCCACCAUCUCUGCCUGACAGUGAGGGCUCCAUCACACCUGGCCCCUCCACAUCAGCUCCUCUCAAAGAAGGGCUGCCGAGACCCUCAAGUCCUUCAGAACCAGAACUGGGUGGUCAUCAGGAUGGCCACCCUUCCAGAAUCCUCCUUUCAUCUGCUCCCCUUUCCCUUCCAUUUGGAAACAAACGUCAGAUCCUUGCCCCACCCCUUGUUUCCAGGAAAGGUCUUCAGCCUGUACCCCAGCUCCACCAGCCCUUGCCUGCCAGGACGCUCUAGCAGGAUACCGGUGCUUUGCCAAAUAUCUCCCACGCUGCAUUUCCUCCCCAGAUUUCUAUAAGUAUAAAUUUAUGUAUGUAU